AUGGCCACCAGAAUCAUCCCGAUCACAAUUCAACGAAGUGCUGACUCGUCUAACAACGUCAACACAAAAUCGUCACCAAUACCGACAACGAUAUCGGCACCAGCACCGGUGCCGGAGCCGGUACCAGUGCAACUACCAGUGUCAGAACCAAUACCGUUACCGCCGCCAUCGCCCUCACCAUCACCACCGUCCGAAGCCGCUUCAAACACGAUCACAAGUAUCGCCAGUAAUGAUGAGAUGUCGACGAACUCACGUAACUUUCCGGCACCGUUCAUCCGGAAACAGAGCAUUGACGAUUUUAACGAGCAGGUUGUUCACAUACUUGAUGAAGUCGAGAAGCGAGUCGAACAAUUAAGAGAGGCGGCCUCAAUGCUGGAACAGGAGAAGGAACAAAUUCUUGACAUGUUGAACAGCGUCAGUCUCAAUUCGGAACUGUUACGACUCGGUCAAGGCGAUCGUGAGGACAUUACAGCUAUCACAAAUCGGCUUGCCGCUAGAACAAAAACUGUUGAUGUGGUUGUGAACACUCCGCGAAGUGCUGAACAACAACGAGCGCUGACGUCAGUGAACAGCCUUAUCGAGGGUGUGGUGCAAAAAAUGCACGACGAUAUGCAAGCUGGAAAGGAAACUUGUCGUCGUUAUCUGAACGCCUGUAAUCCUGACCAACCAGAUGGACCAAUUGAUCAGAAAUUUCAAGCCCAACUCAUCGAAUGCACUGCCGAUGAUCAGAAGAAAAUUCGUCGAAAACUCGCUCAGAUCAUUUCACAAUUCGAACGUGCUGAGCGUACGUUCUCACCGCAGUGGUAG